AUGCCUGAAGGAGAUGCGAAAGAUGUGCCGGUGCCAAAAGACUUCACCGCCACGAUUGUGAACUCAACCACAGUCCGUCUGACAUGGAAGGCUCCAACUAUUUCACAGCCAUGGGGCAACAAGUACCUGCUCACUAUCAACAAUAGCACCUACACCAAGAGCUAUACGGUGGUGACCACAGAGGAGACAAUAAUCAACCUGCAGCCAUCUGGCGUUUACAAUGUCACACUCCAGACUCUUGACACGAGUGACAAGCCUUUCCCCGCUAAAGUAUUUGGUUCCGUACAAAUGCCAGCCAGUGGCGUGCCGGUGCCAAGAAAACUGACUGCUUCGGUUGUGGAUACCAAAAACAUUCGUGUGAGAUGGCUGCCUCCAAUUGAUACAAGUCAGUGCGGUGACAAGUAUCAGGUCAUCGUCCGCAAUGCAACAUAUCAGGACAAGGUUAUGGUGACAAAGACAGAAUACAUAAUAUCCAACCUGAAUCCAUUUUCGUUUUACAAUGUCACUGUGCAGGCCACUGACAAGGCUGGAAAACCUUUCCCCACUGGAGCAUCCGUUACCGUCAAAUUUUCAACCCACGCCGUGCCAGUGCCAAGAGACCUGACUGCUUCGAUUGUGAAUUCAAACACCCUCCGCGUGUCCUGGAAGGCGCCAAGCGUUGCACUGCCAUGGGGUAACAAGUACCUGCUCACUGUCUACAAUGCGACUUAUAAACGGACCUAUACGAUGGAGAAGACAGAGGAGACAAUAACCAACCUGGGUCCCUCUUCCGUUUACAACUUCACCGUCCAGUGUCUUGACAAGAAUGACAAGCCUUUCCCUGCCGUAGCAUUCGGUUCCGCGCGCAUGCCAGACCAAGAAUUGCCGAUGGAAAAACCGAGAGAUGUGACUGCCUCUGCUGUGAAUUCCACUACCAUCCAUGUGAGCUGGCAGAAACCACUCCCUGCGGACAAAUUCAAAGACGAGUACCAUAUUACUAUCUACGGUGAAGGCUAUAAGAUGACCUACACCACGAAGGAUACAGUGAUCAUCAUUGGUGGCUUGGAUACUUCUUCGAUUUACAACAUCACCGUGCAAGGUGUUUGGGCAAAUGGCGAAAUUGUUCCCGAUGGCGCAACCACUACCCUGCAAAAGCCUUCUUCUGGUAAUUUUCAGUUUACCUCCACCAGUCUUUGA